CAUUAUAUUAUAUUUUUCACAUUAAAAAGAUAAAAGUGAGAGAGAAGUCGAGAACCACAGAAAAUGGUGCCCUUGUGUUGUUCCCUUGCUCCAUUACCAACUGCCAUUUCCAAGUUCAUCUCCCACCAAACUUACCUCUCCAUGCUAGACCAAAAUUGCAAUACCAUGAAAGACCUCCAAAAACUUCAUGCCCAGCUCAUUAAAACUGGUCUAGCCAAACACCCUAUUGCCGCUAGCCGGCUGUUAGCCUUUUGCGCCUCUUCGGCCGGCGACAUCAACUAUGCUUACUUAGUCUUUACCCAAAUUCAAAACCCAAAUCUCUUCAUAUGGAAUACCAUCAUUAGAGGCUUCUCUCAGAGCUCUACUCCUCAAAUUGCUAUCUUUUUGUUCAUGGACAUGUUGCUCACUUCGCCAAUUCAACCUCAAAGACUGACCUUUCCUUCAGUUUUUAAGGCUUAUGCUCAACUUAAUCUUGCUUCUGAAGGAGCUCAGCUUCAUGGUAGGGUGAUCAAAAUGAAACUUGAUAAUGAUCCCUUUAUUCGAAACACUAUCUUGAAUAUGUAUGCCAAUAGUGGAUUCCUGAGUGAGGCACGAAAGGUGUUUGCUGGAGGUAUAGAUUUUGAUGUUGUUGCUUGGAAUAUAAUGAUUAUGGCACUCGCUAAAUGGGGAUUGAUUGAUGAAUCAAGAAGAUUAUUUGAUAACAUGUUAUCGAGGAAUACGAUUUCUUGGAAUUCAAUGAUUAGUGGGUACGUGAGAAAUGGUAGAUUCAUUGAGGCAUUGGAGAUGUUUCGUAAAAUGCAAGAAGAAAGUAUUAAGCCUAGUGAGUUUACAAUGGUGAGCUUGUUAAAUGCUUGUGCUUGCUUAGGAGCAAUUAGGCAAGGAGAAUGGAUCCAUGAUUAUAUGGUAAAGAACAAGUUUGAAUUGAAUGCUAUUGUUGUUACAGCAAUUAUAGACAUGUACUCCAAGUGUGGAAGCAUUAAUGACGCUCUUCAAGUGUUCAAGAGUGCACCCAAGAAAGGAUUAUCAUGUUGGAACGCAACUAUUUUAGGUCUAGCAAUGAAUGGUCAAGACAAUGAAGCAAUCCAAUUAUUUUCAGUGCUUGAGUCUACAAAUUUGAAACCAGAUCAUGUCAGUUUUAUAGGUGUCUUGACAGCUUGUAAUCAUUCUGGCUUGGUGGACAAAGCCAAGGAUUAUUUCCUCUUAAUGAAAGAGAAAUAUAAGGUCAAACCAUCAAUAAAACAUUACAGUUGUAUGGUCGAUGUGUUAGGCCGAGUAGGACUCCUAGAAGAGGCUGAAGAGCUCAUAAGAAAUAUGCCUAUGGAUCCAGAUGCCAUCAUAUGGGGAUCUUUACUCUGGUCUUGUUGCAAGCAUGGAAAUAUAGAGAUGGCAAAUCGAGUAGCAAAGCAUUUGAUAGAGUUAGAUUCAAGUGAAAGUUCAAGUUUUGUACUAAUGGCUAAUGUCUAUGCUGCCUCUAGUCAUUUUGAGGAAGCAAUAGAGCAAAGGCUUUCAAUGAAAGAAAAGCAGAUAGAGAAGGAACCUGGAUGUAGUUUAAUUGAAGUAAAUGGAGAAGUUCAUGAAUUUGUAGCAGGUGGAAGGCUGCAUCCAAAAGCCAAAGAAAUCUACCAUGUAUUGGAUGCUCUGAAACUGAUAAUAAAGGAAACAGAAUAG